AUGCUUCUUCUCCUCGAUCCACCGCCGCACGGCACCUUCAGCAGCUGCUUCUUCCCACGGGUCGUGCCAGAUCUCAUCUUCCGUCAGCGCGCGCAUUGUGCCGCCCGCUGCAAGCCACCCGCAUGCGUCCGCGUCGCGGCCAUUCCCGGUCCCGCGGCCGGCACUGAGGGCCGAUUGCGGCCGGAUGGAUCUUCAGAUAUUUUGACGGAUGACCGAAAUCACCCCGUUUUCGCCCCACCCACCUAUCUACCCCACGUCUGCUUCGUCGGCCGGCUCGCCUCGUACAAGUACUUCAACAUGGACCAGGCUAUUCUCAACGCGCUCGAGAUAUACGACAAUUACAAGGAGGCAGGCAAGUUCGCUCCGAAGCCGCGCCCCGAGGAUUUCGGCCCCGGAGACGGCCCGAAGUGA